AUGGCCCGGAUGAACCGCCCCGCGCCGGUGGAGGUCUGCUACAAAAACAUGAGGUUCCUGAUCACCCACAACCCCACCAACGCCACACUCAGCACCUUCUUGGAGGACCUGAAGAAAUACGGUGCCACCACGGUUGUACGAGUGUGUGAAGUGACCUAUGACAAGACCCCCCUGGAGAAGGACGGCAUCACCGUCAUGGAUUGGCCAUUCGAUGAUGGAGCGCCUCCCCCCAGCAAGAUAGUGGAAGAUUGGCUCAACUUGUUGAAGACCAAGUUCUGCGAAGACCCCGGCUGCUGCGUGGCUGUGCACUGCGUGGCCGGCCUGGGGCGCGCUCCUGUCCUCGUCGCGCUGGCCUUGAUCGAGAGCGGGAUGAAGUACGAAGACGCCAUCCAGUUCAUCCGACAGAAGCGCAGAGGAGCCAUCAACAGCAAGCAGCUGACAUACUUGGAAAAAUACCGACCAAAGCAGAGACUCCGAUUUAAGGACCCUCAUAACCACAAGAACAAAUGCUGCAUCAUGUAACCUCAAUGACCUCUUGCCAAAAAUCCGUGCACACAGACACCCGGGCACUCGCACGCAUCC